AUGAGCCGAGUCGUCAUUCUUUGUCGGCCCACUUGGCUCAGAAUUCACUGCUGUAAAAUUCAAAUAACCUGUCUUCGUGUGGCAAAAUAUGGCGGCGGAGGGAACAAGGUCGGGGCGACGAAGCCGCACGGCGAGAUGCCAUUCCAUCCCUUCCAGUCCACUCCCAACGACAAGCGACCUGCAUCCGCCCCCAGGAGGGCAUCCUUUGCCAACGGCAAGGAGAACCGCAGAGCCGUCUCCGCGGGGAAGUCCUUCAUCGCGCGUCCCAAGCUCGAGGGGAACUCAGCGGCUAUCGCCGGCGUACGCUUAUCCACAUCGUCUUUUCCGAGAGGUUCAGCUGGGAAUGCUACUGAAUCUGGAUUUUGUUCUUGGGAUUAUUAUACAAGAGAUAUACAAGCAUUUUGCAUGGAAGAUACAACGAAUAGUUCCCCAUUGCCGUGUUCAUCUAUGAUGCCUCUUGGUUCGCUAAGUAAUGCUGGCUUAAGGCGGAGUAAUUCGUGUGCGACAUCAACUGUUGAACAACAACAGUGGUGUGGGAGACUAGCAAUCCUGCGAUGAGGAUGGACUACUCGAGCCCUUUGCAAUGGCGAAGUAGAGGAAAGGCGAUUAGCAGGAACCGAAGCCAUUAGCCUUUGGGAUGUCAAUUCUCGAAACCCUCAGUCCCUACUGUCAGUUGCCAGUGCUGGAAAAAGAAUCUAUUCCCUUAAUGUAAACAACACUGAUAACUGAACAUAGCGGCGGCACUCGAUAAAGAGUGAGUUCAUCAGAGAUGGAGGGCAAGAUCCAAGUGAUUAGAGCGAACGUGAUUAGGGCUAAUAUCCACUAUGUUAGUUUGAUCUUUAGUUGUUCUAUAAGUGUUUUAUUUCGAAUGUUUCCAUAUGCAAGUGGGCUGAUAUGCCAAGAUCUAAUUCACUCAUUACAACUAUUACAACUGAUACUCCUAUUUCCACCGUGGUGGUGCAUCAAUUUUAAACUCUCUGUAUUUAAAAAAUCAAUAUUAUAAUAAU